UUUGUCAUUGAAAGUACUUUUAUUUCACUCUCAGGUUGCACUGUUAUAAACAGCAGAAUACAUAAUAAUACAUCCCAUGUAUUUAUAUUUAAUUUUUUUCUGAUCCCAGAUACCAUCUUGAUCUCUAAACAUCUGUGCUAUUCCCAUCUAAAACCUGAUUAAUCUACCUUAUGCUGAGCAAAGUUAAGAUUCAGCUCUCCCAAAACUAUCCCAUGUCAAUUUCAGGUUAGUUCUACAGAAAAAUAUAUAUUAGCCAUUCCACAAAAGUUUAUAGACAUUUUUCAGAACUAUCAGGCAAACUUAUUAAGUUCACAUUAAACUUCAGAUAUGAUGGAGAAGGGAGCCAAACGCUGGCCCCUUUUAAUUUAAAUAAUAAUAACAAUUCGUUAGAAAAACUUUAUUAAAAUAUUCUCUUUUCACCUUUUUAAGUGUCAUCUGAGCUUCCAAGGAAUUAAGACAAACCACUUGAUCUUCCUUCUGCACAGGAGGUUCUGCCCCACAUCUUUAUAAAAUCUGCCUUUCUAAAAAUCAACACUUCAUCAAAAAACGUACUGUACUUUUCUCCCCUUCUCCUCCACCUCUUCUUCCUCCUCCUCCUUCUUCUUUCUCUCUAUACUACCUCCAAGAUGGUAGGAAAGUUGUUGUUUUGGAGGGCAGAGGAACCGCUCUCUGGUGUUAUGUCCUCUCAGUGCCUGUAGUGGUGCUGUAGGAGGCUGCUAAGCUCUCUUCUUGAGCAGCCCCAGCAGCCCUGCCUUCUUUGCUGGAGAAUAUAUUCAGGGAUUCCCCUUAAUAAUCACCUACCCUCUGAGCACUUUGUAGUUUUAAAAUAAUAAAGAGCUCCCGUUCAAAGCUUUCUUCUUUUCUAAAAGCAGGAAUCUUUCUCCUCAGAACCAGGGGGGCAGCAACAGCAGCAGCUCCUCAGCACUGAAGCCGCUCCGAGCCCAUUCCCCGGUCCCUCUGCUGGGGAGGAAACUCUGGUCUGUCAGCCCAACAGAGGGAAAGGGGGGAGAGGAGAGAGAGGAGAGAAAAAAAAGCAGCUGGAAAGACAAUCUGCUUCAUCUUGACCUGCCAUCAUUCCAAGAUAGUAGCGUCCCUGCGGCUCUUUGCUAACACUGACAUGGUACAGAAGAUUUAGAAUUGGCUGAUGUUCACAAGGAAAAGAGUCACGUGAUGUAUGAAGGCAAACACAUACACUUUUCUGAGGUUGACAAUAAGCCGUUGUGCUCGUACAGCCCCAAACUGUGCAAGCAGAGACGACUUAACGGCUACGCCUUCUGUAUCAGGCACGUUCUGGAGGACAAGACUGCCCCCUUCAAGCAAUGUGAAUAUGUGGCCAAAUACAAUAGCCAACGCUGCACCAACCCCAUCCCCAAAUCUGAGGACCGUAGGUACUGCAACAGUCACCUACAGGUCCUUGGCUUUUUACCGAAAAAGGAGAGGAAGAAAAAGAAUGAUCCCAUAGAGGAGGUAAAAGUUCGGCACCAGAUGGAUUCGGUGGCCUUCAGUCUGACAGUCCCUCCUUUGGCCUUGAAGAUGCCCAACGGCCUGGAUGGGAUGUCCCUCUCUCCCCCGGGGGCCAGGCUUCCUCUCCACUACUUGGAAGCAGAAUUGGAAGACCCCUUUGCUUUCAACGAGGAAGAUGAGGAUCUCAAGAAAGGGGCGACUGUGAAGAAAAAAUUGCAGAGCAAGUUAGCUCAGAACCGGCAGCGCCAGAAAGAGACCGAGAUCCUGAAAGUCCGCCAAGAGCACUUUAGCCCCCUUCCUGCACCUUUGCAGCAGCCUCCGCCGCAGCCGCCGCCGCCGCAGCCUCACCUCCCACCUAUACCGACUUCUUUAAAGCCAGCAGGGCUAUCGCAGGGCUUAGUCUGCAAGUCGCCUCAACCUCAGAACACCAGCCUACCAAUGCAGGGAGUGGCACCCACCACACACACUAUAGCACAAGCCAGGCAGUUGUCAAACAAAAGACCUCUGCCUCUCCUGAACCCCACCAAGGCUCCUGCCCAAGACCCCCCCAGGACUGACAGGAUCCUCAUGAAAGCCACAGCCUUCUCUCCGCACUCCUCAUGCAUGAGCCGGCUACAGAGACUGGUGAAACUGUGCACCCAGAAACAGCAGCUUGAUGCUGAUCUGUUUCCACACUUAGGGCUGGACUGGUCUGAAGACAGUGGAGAAGAACUGGAAGAGCUGGAGCAAACCUCACCAUACCAUGUUGCAUGGUCUGUCCGGGAGUCCCUCAGAUAUGAAAGGAAUGAGCCAGAUGGUGAUGAUGCCUGCGGCAGGAGUUCCCGCAUUUCCCAACUUUGCACUUACUUUCAGCAGAAAUAUAAGCAUCUUUGCCGCCUGGAGCGGGCAGAAACUCGUCAAAGGAAAUGCCAACAUACAUUCCGGAAAGCAUUGCUGCGGGCAGCCAGCAGAGAGCCGGAGUGUGCUGGCCAGUUGCUACGGGAGCUUCGAAGGGCUUCGUGUACUCGAACCAGCACAAGCCAAGUGAAACAGAGGGAUGCAUCUCCAUGUGUUGGAACCACGAAGGGUGAACCAUGCACCAACAAGGCUCUUCCAUUCACUAAGCAUUGUUUUCAACAUAUCCUUUUGAAUCGGUCACAGCAGCUUUUCUCGAGCUGCACAGCCAAGUUUGCAGACGGACAGCAAUGCUCUGUGCCAGUUUUUGACAUCACACAUCAGACACCCCUGUGUGAAGAACACGCCAAAAAAAUGGAUAACUUCUUGAGAGGCGACAGCUCCCGUAAAGUUCAGCACCAGCAGCAGAGGAAGCCCAGGAAAAAAACAAAGCCACCUGCCCUUACAAAAAAACACAAGAAGAAGAGAAGGCGAGGGCCUCGGCGUCCCCAAAAACCAAUUCCUCCUGCUGUGCCCCAAGGAAACCUCAGUAUGCCCACCAGCAUCUCACUGCCAAUGGAGAUAUCCCAUAUACGGAGCCCUUCCACGCCGGAGCUUAGUGCGGACGAGCUGCCUGAUGACAUCGCCAAUGAAAUCACCGACAUUCCACAUGACCUCGAACUGAAUCAGGAGGAUUUCUCUGAUGUCUUACCGCGGCUCCCUGACGACUUGCAAGACUUUGAUUUCUUUGAAGGUAAAAAUGGAGACCUCCUCCCUACGACCGAAGAGGCUGAGGAGCUGGAACGGGCUCUGCAGGCGGUGACUUCUCUGGAGUGCCUGAGCACCAUGGGAGUGCUCACACAGACGGAUGGUGUGCCAGUUCAGGAGCUCUCGGACCGAGGGAUAGGGGUGUUCUCCACAGGUGCUGAAACUUCAGGAAUUCAAUCCUUGAGCCGAGAAGUCAACGCAGACCUAGGCGAGCUGCUGAACGGGCGUAUAGUCCAUGACGACAAUUUCUCCAGCCUGGACCUGGACGAGAGCUUGCUUCGUUCUGCCACCUUAUCCAACCCACCUACGCCCCUGGCAGGGCAGAUUCAGGGGCAAUUCUCUGCCCCAGCCAACGUUGGCCUUACUUCUGCCGCUCUGAUAAGCCAGAGUGGGCUUGGGGAGAGAGCCUUCCCAGGACCGUUUCAAGGACUUCACGAUGGCAGCCAUGCCUCCCAGAGGCCACACCCUGCCCAGCUGCUAAGCAAGGCAGAUGACCUAAUCACCUCACGACAGCAAUACAGCAGUGACCAUUCACACUCCUCACCCCACGGAAGCCAUUAUGACAGUGAGCAUGUGCCGUCUCCCUACAGUGACCAUAUAACAUCCCCUCAUGCCACCUCCUAUUCUGGUGAUAACUUGGCAGCUACGUUCUCCACGGAGAUGCCCAUCAUAGCACAGCAUUUGCUCCCGUCACAGCUGGAGGUGCCGCUCAGUGGGGUGGUAAACCCCAGGCCUCCCUGGGGGAACCUCCCCGUUAGCCUCGGUGACCCUUCUCCAUUCAGCAACCUGCUUGGGGCAGAUGGACACCUCCUUUCCACCUCCCUGUCCACGCCACCUACCACAUCGCACUCAGAGACCACCCAGCCUGCCUUUGCCACCGUGACCCCCAACAGCUCCAGUGCGCUUCCGGGGUUACCGCAGACUAGUUUCAGUGGUAUGGGUGCUGCCUCUUCUGAACUCACGGCCUCCACUUCUCCCAAGCAACAGCUCCCACAGUUCAGUGCUGCCUUUGGCCACCAACUGAGCUCCCACAGUGGCAUUCCCAAGGACCUGCAGCCCAGCCAUAGCUCCAUAGCCCCUCCAACUGGCUUUGCCGUAACAGGUGCCACAGCUACCAGUACCAAUAAUGCAUCUGCUCCCUUCACCACCUCCAGCUGAGCUUCUGUCUGUCUGUCUGAACUUCAGGCAGUUGGAGGGGGGGGGUUGUCUCUGUGUUCCCCUCCACCCCAUCCCUAGUCUUUUCUCUUCCUGGUUUUUUUUCCCCUUGGCCAUUCCCUUCUUUUUAAAGACUAUUUUUAAAUUUAAAAUUUUAAGAAAAAGAGGGGGCAAAAAGUCCACAUUCAGUGCAGGCCAGAGUUUUCCUGUCGCUAAGCUCUGGUCUAAUUAUUUUUUGUAUGCUGUUUAUGUAUUGGUGCUCAUUUACUCCAGGCAGGUUUGUUGUAUGUACCCAGUUAAUACCCCGUUUAAGAAAUUCAAUGGAUGUCACUGACCUUAGACUGAGAAAUGAGGGGACAGAUGUCAUUGACCUUAGAUUCAGAAAUGAGAAGAUACCUCAACUAAAACUAAUGCAAGUUCCUACGUUUCAGAUCAAACUUUUAGCCCCAUUAGCGUCUGGGGAUGAGGUGAGCAGUUGCUACUUUUUAAAGAUGCAAGUGGGAUGAAAGGGAAAUCAAUCUUUUUGAUUUGGUAAUUGGGCACUGUAGAAUUAAGCCAAGACCAUCGUUCAGUUGUUCAUUCUGUCAGCUUGACAGUAGGCUCUUGACCUCUUCUGUGACUGUAUGGGUGUGUUUGUGUGUGUGUGUGGUUGCGCGUAUGUACUUGAUGGAUAACUUACACUUGUCUUUUUUCCUGUUGAGAAAAAAACUGUUUGAAAACCAGUGACUGCAAACAAAUUUGUUUUCUGAAAUUGAAUUUAUUCAGUAGAAGGAAAAUUGAAUUAAUGGAACCAAGUCAGAUGGUAGUGGUUGGCUCGGAGUACCCAGGGUGAUUGUUUCAAAAGCUCUAGUUACUAAAAAAAAGAAGUUAUAAUGAGGUACUUGCUCAGAAAAAAUAAUUGUGCUAAUCCCUAAAACUGAUUAAUUGCUGCAGUACUGUUGGUGAACUCACUUUUUCCAAUGGAGUAUUGUCACAGAUUGUGUGGAAUCAAAUUUUUAUUCAAAACUGGUGGAAGUGUUGUGGACCCCUUUUUUCAUCCAAAUUAAAAGAGAUAACAGUUUCACAGAGAGUUGUAGCCAUUUAUGAGUAUUGGGUGUUUUUGAAGAUCAUUCCAGAAAUAGUGAGUACUUCUGGUGCUCCUUUACUAUUUAUUCAGAGAUAUUUAGGUUUUGUUAAAACUCUUUUAUGGGAAGUCAGGUAUGUAGAAGAAUGGAUAAGCUUAGCAAAUUUAACACAGUGGAAUAUUAAAGAUAGGCAUUUUCUGUCUCUUGCCACUAACUGCUCCUGCUGAUAAAUAAGCUUCAAAGAAUGCACAGUCGGAGGCUAUGUUUCCUGCAGAAUUGGAACAAUCCAAUUUAUGGAGUUUGCUAGCAUGAGGGCUACUCUUUGAUAAAAUGUUAUUUAUGAAACAAACAGUUAAGAUUGCACCUCCUACUUAUUGCCCACCAAUAGGUGUUUGGUGUUUGGGGCUACAAAAAAUGAAAGUUUUCUCAGGAGGUUGAGUUUCCCUUGAAGGAAACAGUCCUUGCUAUUUGUCUUUUCUGCUGUGGAUAUAGAAAGAAUGGUCUACUUGUACAACCAGGCUUUAUUACAUCUUAUGGCAACAGGUUUGAACCAUACAUAUUGUUGUCUGAUUAUAUAUUAGAAAGAUAUGAAGAAAAGGCACACACUAGUAAAUGAUCUUAAUUAGGUUGCAAUUGGGAACAAGAGAGAGUUCAGAUUCUUCUUUCGGACUGAAGCAGUUGUAUUCUACCAUAGCUUUUAUACUCUACUUACAAUGGUGCUUAUGUGAAAAAUCUGACACAGGUCCCUCUGCUUAUAAACAUAUUGAGCAGAGAGGCUCCAGGAAUUGCCUGUUGCUAUCCUAUUAAUUAGAAAUACUGCCUUCUCUUAAGAAGGCGUGCUGCAUAUUAUUUUGAAAGGAUCAGGGAGUAAGAGUUUGCCCUUGAAAAGACCUAUGUAGCUGGAAACCAUUUUUGUGCUUGUGAAAUCUUCCCCUACCAACUUGCAGAGUGUAUAAUAAACAUCUAAGUGUGAGAAUAAUUAUAUUUGUAAUGUAGAUGUUUUAUGCCACAUACUGAGCUGAAGCUAAGCUCCUUAUAUCUUCUUUUCUCUGUUUGUAGUGCAUUGUGAAAUCAGGUUCCACCAGCCGGGCAUCAUCCUUCCUCCCACCCCCAAAAAAAUCCUUUCUGCUUAAAUUAGAUUUUUACCUUGUUCCUGCCUGUCUCUUCUUUGCACAAAAUUUGAAAGAGUAAUGGUCAGUAUCUUACUGGAUUUAUCCAGCAGGAACAGCAAUCAGGCAGGCCUCUUUCACUAUCUUACGAGGUGUCUUUCAUCCUUCCUUGCAUGACUUGUGUGUUACAGCUCGCAAUGGACCAUCCACAAAAUGGUGGGAACCACUUGCCGGUUGUUGUUCCGUGCCGAGUAAAACUAGCUGGGUGGUAGCCGAAGGCAACUGGCUCUCACUGCAAGGUGACUUGCCUUGAAAAUUCACAAACUCUCCCUUGUCAUUAAUAUAGUUUGUGCCACUUGACACUAUUUAAGCGAAAACCCAACUGAGUGGCAAGAAGCUAAAGCCUGCUCACCCAAAGCCUUUUCAACCUCCCCCCCUUUGCAUUGCAUGCUUCUCUGAACUAUGAAAAAGCAUCUCCUGGAGGCGAGGGCACCCUGGAGGGCAGCAUUCCAUGAAGUGAUUCUGCUAAAAGGGAAAACAGGCAAGUUAUCAAUGGGUUUUUUAAUGAAUGAAUGAAUGAGUAUUUAUUUCUAGACAGCCUUUCCGCCAAUAAGGGAACCCAAAGCCCCUUGUAGACCUUUCUGCUAUUUCUCAAUUAUGGUUCACAACUUAGCUUUAAGAAACAAACCUACACGUUUUUGUUCACAUUCAGCUCAAAGGCUUGUGUGGUGUAACUUGACCCAAAGGAUCUUGCUUUUAUGCAAGUGACACAGGUGCUGCACUUGGUUAUCAUGACACACACACACAAAAACACACCAAGCCUUGCCUCUCCCAGCUUUCCCCCAGCUUGUGCGUUGCCAUCCUUUCUUUAGGCCCAGUUGUAAGAGGAAAUGUAAGAACCUUCUGGUUUUGUUUUUGGUUAGCCACUGCUUGUUGCGCCAUCUGACAAACUAACCCAUGUUAACUGGCAUGUCUCAAGGCAGCAGCAAACUAUGCUGCCUGAAGAAGGCCUGUCUCGACCAGCCAAAGAUUAAUCAUGAUUUCUGGGGUUGGGGAGAUACAGCAAGCCAUGGUUAAGAAACAGUGGAACUUAAAGCAUGCAGAUACCUCUCCGGAGUCACACCAGGGGAGGAUUGUGGAGCACUGCAUAAGCCCACGGUAGGCUAGCCUUUUGCCUCUUACAUCAAAGCAGGGCUUGGUAUUGUGUAAGCCACGAGCUGCAUGCAGCCCCAGAAUUUCUCCCAUGGCUGAAAAAAAAUAGCUAAAAAUUGGAGAGCCAUACCUCCUGAAGCCUCCAGGGGCCGUGACUGCCUCUUCUGACCCUGUUCUGGGGCCUGCAACCUUUGGGGGAGGAGGGGAUAAAAUAACUGGAAGUGACCUUCAAUUUACAUCCAGUUUCAACAGAAGGGGCAAGUGGGACCCGCAGAUAUCCAAGGGAUGAUGAAGAAUAGGUUGGAAGAGACCCCCAGACCCUCUUCACUCGCCCACCCCUUGCAAAACAAAACAAAACAUGUUUUUGGCUUGGUAUUGGUAUGCAGGUGAAAGUGUAAAAGGUUACAUACCCGUAUACAUUCAGGCAGGAGCUAGUUAUGGUUUAGCCUACAUGCAAGUUUGGAGAAGGGGGAAAAUCCCCAUUUUAAUCUCAGUUUCCUUAUGGAAAGGUCAUUGUUUUAUUAAAACGUAUCCUGUAGACGUAUGCCUGUUGUGUUCUUGCUGGUGCUUUUACUGUCAAUACUAUUACUAGUAACCUUCUAAAACAUUCUUUUUUAUAAGAAGAAAGCCACACUGGGGAGCUACAAAUGAAUUCCAACCAGGAUUUAGGUUUUUAAUGUCAUAAUAUAGGCUGCGUUUUCAGAGUCAUCGUGGGUAAUUUGAUUUGCAGUUUUUCUUUUAUUUCAUGUUUCUUAUUGUGAUUUUUUUUCCUGUUAAGGAGUUGUGAUAAUGUUCAGUUACAAGUUACAAAAAGGCAGAACAUGACGUUUUCCAAUGUGAUUAAGGUGAUGUGAGAGAUUAAUAUCCACUAAAAGACAUUUUUCUUGUAAAGUAGAAAUGGCCCGGGGGGGGGAAGCGGGGGCAAACUUUGUAUUCUUUUAGUAUGUUCAAUAAAAUAGCUUGAAAAUACUGUCUCCUUUGAAGUAUGAUGCUGAUGUGAGAGUCCCAAUAUUUUAUUCCAUAAUUGUUAGUUCACAAUAAACUUCCUGUCGCAUAAGCAAAUGCAAAGAGUAGUAUUUAGCACACAUACUGUUGCAUAAGGUCAUUCUUUAUAUAUGGAAGCAGAAGAAACUAAAACAAGAUAGGAUUAGUGGUUCUUGCCAUUGGUGUCCAGGUUUGCAAGUGAAAAAUGAAUAGCUGGUUUCAUAAUUCCUAUUGGAAAUUGAUCUUCUGGAUAGAUUCUGAGUGCGUUUUCCCCCACCUUGUUGUUGUUGCUACUGCUGUUGUUUUGGUUGUAUAUGUCUUCACCUUCCAGUUGUUUCCAAAUUAGCAGUGUGGUUAAAAUGCGAACGAAAGGCGUCUGCUUUGCAUUGCCACUGGAGGGCAGCAUUAGGAAAGUUUUUAUCUUUCUCUUUUUCUGUCUAAAGAGCCUAAGAUGAUGAACUAGAAACAUUUCUUUUUUUCCUGGAAUGUGAAAGCGCUAGAGAGAUAAAACUCAGGGCUGAAAAAGGAAAAUGAGAAAAUAAUUCAGUGAACCUCCUCUGUAAAUCCUCACAGCAUGCAUGCAUACACAAACAUGCUAUAAAUGCAGGAAUUGGAUUAAUGCAUUGAACUUCACCUACUCAUGUAUUUUCAGCCUCUUGUGCCCUACGUUUAUUAAUUUUUUAGGUAAUGCUUCCAAAUCUGUCCCCGCCCCUCAAAAAUACAGUGCCACUUAUUGGUUCCAUUAUGGAGUAAGCUGAUUUACCAUGAAAUGACUUUUGUAACCUGCAUUGCAAAAGACGGAAGCAAAGCUAGUAUGUGGAUCCAGUCUGAAAAGAGAGGCAGCUGGAUUAUACUACUAUGAAGUGUCUGUAGCCAUUGAGGAAACAGGGUUGACUGGAACUUGUUUCUUCAAAUGGUGGUGAUGGUCAUUGCCCAAUUUUGGCCAUAUCUCAGGGAUUCCUUGUUGAAAUAAAGGCAGUUGAAGUAGUUUUAAACAAGUCAUUUUUCAGUACAUAGAAUGUCAUCAGAGCAUAAGCACCAGAAAGAGAAUGCUGUGUUGAUUUUGGCACAUGCAGGCUUAGGGGCCAUUCUCGUGCAGACAUGCUUCAAGCCCAGGAUCUUUUUUCUCCAUCAUGGUCAGCUUUAAGCUUUUAUUUAAACAAACUCUUCCCCCCGCCCUUCUGCCCUGCCUGUACCAUAAGCGUUCAGAAUACUUAUUGUAGAUUUUUAAAAGAAAACGUAUAUUAAUUUAUGCUAUUAACAUCACCUCAUAAAUUAUACAUUUUAUACUAAAAACUAUUGUGUGGAAUAAAUUAUGUUGCAUAUAUGUUUUAAUAGCUAUAAAAUUAUACACUUUUUAAAAAAGGCACCCCUUCCCACCCCAUGAAGCACCUUUUUACACUGGAUAUUUGCCAUGUUGAGGUGUACAGUUAUUCUUUGCUAUGUUGCAGAUAUAAAUAUAUGAAUAAAAGUAUAAUACAGUUAAAGAGAAAAUAGUAUCUUGUACAGGCAAAAUGUUAAAUCCCUUUUUAAAAAAAAAUCUGUAUAUCCCUCUGAGGAUUCUUGUGUGGUUUUUAUUCUUCCUUUUUCUUUUUUUCAGUAAUGGAAUCUGUGGUUUGUGUCUAUGAUGGUCAGAUGUUUUUAGUUACAGGGUAAAUAGAUCACAUUAGAAAUCCAGUUAAAGCAGGUGGGAACUUGUGUACCAAGUUUGUAAACUUUUUCUCCCAAAUAAAUAUAUACAUGUCCAGUUUGUUCUACAGGUUAAAAGCUCAGAUUUCAAAAAUAUUAAUGUAGGGAUCCGCAGUGUCUUAACUGGGAAUUUUCUCCCCUCCUGUCCACAUGAAGGAAUUCCCGCUAUGACUUCCAAAUAAAACUUAGGUAUAUUGUGUACAGUUACGUAUUCUACACAUACACACAAAUAUGCAUUGGGGGAACACUGGCCGAAAUCCUGUUGCUUGGUGUAGUAAUUUGCACUAGA